AUGGCUCCAAGUGUGGACUCUGCCAUCCUCGAGGCCUUGGGUCUCGACCCAACAGCGACCAAGAUUGGGUCACAUGGAGGCAGUGGAUUUGCUUCGACGUUCAAGAUCUCCUCGACAGCUGAUGGAAAAGACACGAACUACUUUGUCAAGACCGGAUCAGGGCCAGAUGCGGAAAUCAUGUUUCAAGGCGAGCACGCAUCGCUCAAUGCCAUUGCCGACGCUGUGCCCAAUUUUUGUCCACGAUCCUACGCCCAUGGUGCCAUGAGAGACUCUGCAGGCAAGUUCUUCAUGGUCACUGACUUUCUUGAGCUUGGAUCUUCUGCACCUGGAGGCUCUGGCGAGUCACUGGCAAAGAAGCUUGCCAAGCUACACACGACAACGGCACCGAUUCCCGAAGGUCAUGACAGACCCAUGUUUGGUUUCCCAGUCACUACCUGUUGUGGUGAGACUCCCCAAGACAACUCUUGGACCGAGUCGUGGGCCGACUUUUAUGCCAACAAUCGGCUGCGAAGCAUAGUACAAAGAGGAAUCAAGUCAAACGGGCCCGACGCUGAGCUGAGCAACGCCGUCGAGAGGACCGCAAGCCAAGUGGUUCCUAGAUUAUUGGGGGACGAUAAUCUCAAAGAUGUCAAGCCAGUCGUGAUCCACGGCGACCUGUGGAGUGGGAACCACGGUCGCGGGAGGAUUGCAGGGCAAGGCGGCUCGGAGGAAGUUGUUUACGACCCUUCCGCUGUCUAUGGCCACUCUGAGUAUGAGUUGGGCAUCAUGAGAAUGUUUGGUGGGUUUGGCAGCAGCUUUUUCAAGGAAUAUGAGAGUCUGGUACCGAAAUUGGAGCCGAAAGAUGAGUGGGAAGACAGAGUGGCGCUUUACGAACUAUAUCACCACCUCAACCAUUGGGCCAUGUUUGGUGGAGGGUACAAGAGCGGUGCAAUGAGCAUCAUGAAGAGACUAAUUUCUAAGUAUGGUUGA